AUGAAUCUUAUUUGGCCCUCGUCGUCGCCGCCCCCGCCGCGGCGCCCCCGCCCCUUCCACGCGCUCUCUACGCCGAGCCCCUCCCCGGGGGCGGCGGAGGUGGGGUUCUUCGCGGAGGAGGGGGUCUCGUGGGAGUCGCUCGGGGUCUCGGAGCGCCUCCGACGUGCUCUCGAGGGCGCCGCCCUUCGUAGGCCCUCCUUAGUUCAGGCUGCUUGCAUUCCUUGUAUACUUAAAGGAAGCGAUGUGAUUAUCGCCGCGGAGACAGGUAGCGGCAAGACGCACGGAUACCUCGUGCCGUUGAUUGACAAACUGUGUGCUGCUUCUGCUCCCAGGGAAGUAGCAGAUGUGUUUGAGAGGACUUCUCGGUCCAAUGAUAUCUUUCUUGUGCUUUGUCCGAAUGUGAUGCUAUGUGAGCAGGUGGUACAAAUGGCUAACUCUCUGCUCGAUGAAUCUGGCGAGUCGCUUGUAAGAGUUGCUGCAGUUUGUGGACAGAAGGGAUGGCCGGUUAUACAGCCCAACAUUCUUGUAUCUACUCCAGCUGCUCUUUUGAAUUAUCUUUUUGAGUUCGACCCAGAAAAGAAGCGGCGGGAAAGUUUUUUGCGCAGUGUAAAAUUUGUGGUCUUUGACGAAGCUGACAUGCUGCUUUGUGGGAGUUUUCAAAAUCAGAUCAUUCGUCUCAUUAACAUGUUUCGUUUUGAUGAGAAACUUGUGUCUAAGAUGGAAAGUUCUGCAGAAGACGUUUCAGUAGAUGAGAAUGAUAAAAAUCAUGGUGAACUUAAUUUUGAAGACAAUGAACUUAACAGUGAUUGUGAGGAUGCAGAAGCUGAUCUUGAGGAUGCCCUAGAAAAUUUUGCUACAGAGGAGAACAAAGUUGAAACAACUAGCGUAAGGGAUUGGAGGAGGGUUAGAAAAGUCUAUAAGCGCAGUAAGCAGUAUCUCUUUGUUGCUGCUACCCUUCCACAGAGUGGCAAAAAGACUGCAGGCGGUGUUCUGAAGAGAAUGUUUCCUGAUGCCAUUUGGGUCAGCGGCAGUUAUCUACAUCGACAUAACCCUAGAUUGGAACAAAGAUGGAUAGAGGUCACAGCUGAUACACAAGUAGAUGCUCUUCUGGAUGCUGUGAAACAUAGUUAUAAUGCUGAACACAAUGAAUUCAGUACCAGUCCAAGUCGGACAAUGGUGUUCUCCAAUACAGUAGAUGCUGCUCAAUCAGUGGCUAAGAUAUUGCAGAGAGUUGGCAUUCAGUGCUUUUUGUACCACAGAGAGAGCUCCCUGGAAGAACGGGCAUAUAACCUACAAGCUUUCCGAGAAAAUGGUGGAGUGCUUGUGUGCACGGAUGCUGCCGCGCGUGGCUUGGACAUACCCAAUAUUUCGCAUGUUAUACAGGCGGAGUUUGCAACCUCUGCUGUCGACUUCUUGCAUAGAGUUGGUCGAACAGCAAGAGCCGGCCAUUCUGGGAUAGUCACAAGCUUGUAUACGAAAGCCAACAGGGAUCUCGUGAAUGCUGUUCGUGAGGCAGAGGAACUGGGUCGACCUGUGGAGCAAGCAUUUAGCAGGAAAAGGAGUUUCCGAAAUAAGCUUAAGAAGAAAGGUCGAAGUAAGGCUGAAGAUAAACCUAAAGUCCCAACAUAGUUUGGAUCGAGACGAAGGCGGUUCAAAUUUUUUUUUUGCCCCUUCUUAAUGUGUUUCUCAUCUUAAAAUUUUGACUAUGAAUGUUCCUGUAUAAGUGGUUAUGUAACCUUCACUUGUAUUUAGAUCUCCUGGUCUUGGAUCAAGUUUCUAAAAAAAAGAAAAAAAAAAGAAGACAUGUUUGAACUAUCAUAUGUGGAAUGCAUUAUUGCUUAUGUUGAUGUUAUACAUGUGAUAUUACUGAGGUAUCCAGUUUUUUUAUUUUAAUUUUUUGGGGCAUUGCUUGUAUCAUGUAUGUAUCAGUAUAUACUCUAGCGUAGGCUUUGUUGUUGCACUGGACAUGUUUGACAUUUUGGGGAAUCAAAUUGUAACUGGAUUCUAUCUA